UUCCAGGAUCAGAGUAAGACCGAAUUUUUCAUCAUGACCACUGUGCAGGUUGGCUUUUUUAUCGCCAUAUCAAUAAUUUUUUGUUUAACUUCUGUAACAUAUUGCCAUCCAAAUGAAUCAAGAAUUAACGAACAUCAAAGUCAAAAACUUUCAAGACUUCUCAAACGAGAAACUUUAAGUGAUGUCUAUCAUUCAUUGGAAGCUUUUGAGAAUGACGAGGAAUCGUUACCAGAUAAUUUUCAGACUUCUGCAAAACGUUCCAUUAGCUGCAAAUCUGAUUCUAUUGAAAAACCAAAAAAAGAGGAAAAAAAACCAGAAGUAAAAGUGACUUCUUCUAAUAAAAAUGAUUGUCAAGUUGGAACCACUCAUAGCCCAGAAUUAACUUUGAGUCCACAAGUUGUAUCAAUUGAUACUACUCCAAACAAAACUUGUAUAGUAGACAUAUUUCGAGACACGGAUUCUUUCUUUAAAAAUGUGAAUAACAAUUUAAGAUCAUUAACUGACGAAUUAUCUAAAGUAUACCGGGAUUUAGCAAAUAAAACUUUAGAACUACAGGCUUUGACACAAAUUACGAAUCCCACUUUUUUGGAUACAAACAAUGGUAAAUCAGCUACAGAUAUCAGUGCGUUAGGUGAAAAUAUUACUGAAAUGAAAAAAAGUUUCACACAAAUGAUUCCAACUAUUACGUCAAUAACUGGUAUACUAGCUCCUUUGAAGACUCCUGACAGUGUUACUACCAAAAUUUCGACUUGCGUAGAAAAUAUUAAAAACAAUGUGACAGAAUUUGCAACGAAAAUGAGAGUAAGAAUUGAUGGAGCGAAUAAUUAUUUUAAUAAUUUUCUGAAUCAAAUUAAAAAUGCUGUAAAUCCUUUGAGGAAUUUCAAUGUCACAAUUCUUGAUAGAGUAAAGGAAAAGUUAAAUAUCAAUAGUGAAACCAAAAAUCAAACUUUAGUAAUCGAACGACUGAUAAAACAAAAUGCUGCUCUUGGAGUACUUGGACAAUUUCUAAGUCAAUUUACCAAAGCGAUUAGUGGUUUCUUUCAUGUUAUUUCAAGAAAAUGGUCGCACGAAAAUAAACAUCCACAUCACCAUGGACUAGUUGGUUCAAUUAAACAUGUUUUUGGCUGGCCGUCACAUGUACAUCCAGAACCUAAAUUCUUCCAUAGAAUAUUUAGCUUACCAAACUUACAUUCGAAGCAUCAUGAUGAACAUAUUUCUUUGUUAAAAAAAAUUCUUAAGAUUCCAGAUCAUCAUCACCAUCAUCCUGGAAGUAUUAUUAAACAUCUUCUCAAUUCUUUAUACUCUAUUUUUCAUUUAAGUGAUCAUUGUGAAUGUCCACAAGAUUCUAAAUCUACAACAUCAUGUCCAGUGAGUCAUUUCUUCAAUUGGCUUGGUAAACCUACUCCACACCACCAUUAUCAUCAUAAGCAUGCUCCAGGUCAUAUCAAUUUACAUCAUAAUGUAGUGAAGCACAAACAGCCAGCAUGUUCUUGUUCUUAAUUAUUAAUGCUCUGCCAGAUAGAGUAACACCAAGACCUCUGAAAUCUUCAGCAAAAACAAAAAAAAUGUCACUAUCUGGAUCACCAAUUCAACAAAAUUCUAUAGAAAAAAAUUAUCGGCCGGAAAUUCGGUUUAUCAUUGACAUACUAAAUGAUUUACUCAUUAAAGAAAAAUCUGAAACCCUUCAAAGAUCGAAACAGAAGAGGAAAACUAAUUCCAAAAGAACUAAAAAUCAUAUUUAAGUGGAAAUGGAGUGGAAAAAUAUUUAUCUUGUUUUAUAUAUUAUUGAAUAAUACUUUAUAAAUAAUAUUUAAUAUUAAUUAAUUAAAUAAUAUAAAUUAUCAUUAAUGUAAUUAAAGCUGUUUUAAAUAAAAUUAUCAUAAGAUAUGUUGUGAACACUUGGAAUUAAUAUUAGUCUGCUAAAAUUGAUGGAAAAAAAAAAAUUAACAUUGAGUUUUCGAUAGUUUCAUCAAGAAAUUAAUUGACAGGAAAUAAAAUUGAUGGAUUUUUAUCAAAGAUUCAUAAUUCUUGAUAAACUUGGAACUAUUGAAAUAAAAAUUUCUGGAUUGUGACUCAUAUUUUACAUGUAGAAUCUGUUUACAACUUUUACACUUAUUUCAUUCCACGUAUUGAAUAUCUCAUCAUUCAAAUAAUUCAAUACAGUCAUAGAUGUAUUUUGCUUACAAUGCUGAAGAACGUCAAAGAGUCAAUCUACCAGUAAGCGAUUAUUUCUCGUAGAAACAACUUGAACACUAUUUAUUGAUUUAUUUUGUUAAAUUUAAAAAAACCAAAACAAUGGCUCGAUGGUUUAUCUUUGCUCUUGUUAUAGCAGUUCUAUUCAUUUGUAUUCAGGCUGCACCUGCACAAGAAGACACCAAUGCUAAUAAAUUGCAGGAAGUUUACACCAAAGCUAUGGAGAAUAUUAGUAAAAAUGUUGAGAGUAUGAUGAAGAAUCCAGAAUUUCAAUCACUUGUAAAGGAAACUUCUGCAUUUUUUGAAAAAGCUGCAGAAAAUAUCAAAACUGAAGCUGAGAAGCUUAUUCCAAAGACAGAAGAGCCUGCAAAAAAUUAAAUUAUCUUAUUCAACACAAUUCAAAAAAUUAAACAUUUAAAAAUUUGAUAACAAUUUAUUAUGAGAAAUAAUUGUUUAACUAAAUUUCUUAGUGGUUUUGUAAUCGUAGUAUUGGCUCUAGUAUUUUUGUUUUUUGUAUUACUCUAAUAAAAAUAAUUAAAACUUCA